AUGGAGUCCCGUCAUCGGCUAAACCAGGACGAAAUAGCUACAAUUUUAGAAAAUGAUGACGAUUAUUCUCCGCUGGAUUCGGACUCCGAGGAAGAAGAUCGUGUAGUUGAAGAUGAAGUCUGGAGUGAUAACGAGGACGCGAUGGUCGAUUUCGUUGAAGAUACAAGCAGGCAAGAGGACCCCGAUAACAAUAUUGCUUCUCGGGAAUCGCCUAAUCUUGAGUUAAAUAUGAUUGGGCUUCUAGGGUUAAAUAAUUUAAAAGAGCCUAUGACCAUAAUAAUGGACAACGCACCCUAUCAUUCGGUACAAGUUAAUAAAACCCCAAACCAAUCCAACCGCAAAAGCGAGUUGGUAAAGUGGUUGAAUGAAAACGGAGUUACAGCAGAUAUAAAAAUGUUAAAAGCAGAGCUUAUUGCCUUAGUACGACGUCAUAAACCAUCAACUCCUACCUAUGCUCUGGACGAAAUGGCAAAAGAAAAAGGCCACCAGGUCCUUCGACUACCAUUGUCUUUUAACGCUAUUGAGCUGAUUUGGGCCCAAAUAAAAAGUCACACCGCAAGAAAUAAUACAUCGCCGCCAUUUACGGCAAAUAAGAUGUUGGCCCUAUUACAAGACGCAAUCAACAAAGUUCAGCCUGAAGACUGGUCGAUGGUUGUGAAUAAAAUAAAAAGGGACAUUAUGUCUGAUUGGGAUCGAUUAAGUCCCGGGCGACCUCAGAAGUCGUUUAUUGAUUCUAGUGAACGAAGCAAGCGGCGAAAAACCAAACACCUCAGAUCAAAGGAACUAGCAGAAUUAACAUAUGCAACCCAAAUGCAAUUGCGAAGGGAAGGCAAAGUCGAAGCUUCCAAAGUUGUUAAAGACUUAUCAAGAAGUCCUCAAAGGAAGCAGUAUGAAAGAAUGCGUGAAACGAACCCAAGUUUUUUUCCGUGUUAUUCUAUCCUUCAAAAAGCGAAAAAAGAUUGUUACCCAGAAAUUCGUGUGACCGAGACAUGUGCUGAAGUACAAGUUCAAAAGUUAAUGGAUCACACGGUAUCAAGACUGAUACAAUUAUUGGGAGAAGCUGUAGAAGAUUCAAGUGAAGAAGAGAAAUGUUCAUUAUUAUUAUUUAGUAAAUGGGGUUGUGACGGUUCACAACAAGUUCAAUAUAAAAUGAAGUUUGAAUAUGAAGAUGAUUCUGAUGCCAAUAUAUUUCAAAGCUCAGUAGUUCCACUCCAGUUAAUUUAUGGCCCAGAAAAAAAAUACUAUGGCAAAAUCCAAUACCAUCGUCACCUCGCUAUUGUCGCCCCAUAA